AUGUUGCAUUUGGCGAGACAGGCUCGACAGACACUAAAAUUACCCUUUGUAUGCUCGGCAUGUCGAACCCUCCUUGCCCAGAGCCCUGCGCCCCGGAGGUAUUUGCCAGUAGCCAUCAACCAUCUUGGUGCAACUCGAUGGUAUACUGAUUCGACAACACCACCACCACCACCACCACCAUCGGCGCCAGCAACCACUACUGAAGAUGCUACUCCUCCAUCAUCCGAUCCGCCAGCCGAGAAUAACGAAAACCCCGAGGAAACCUCAAAUAAACGGAAACCAAAAAACAAACCCAAAUCUGCCAAGGAGAAGGAUGCGACAGACCUCUCAACAUCGACCGAUGCCGCCGGAACCGAAGGUGAUCAGGAUAUGCUCAGAGAUGCCGUGAAAAAGGUUUUGAAGGAGGGUGUUCUCAAAAAACGAAAGGGUUCCAAAACAAAACAUCUCGGCAAGAAGAGCAAACCGGCGGCUGCCAAAAAGAAGAAGACCGCGGACUCGGCCGCAGCGGCCGCAGGAGAAGAUCGAGGAGACAAGCCCAAGAAGAAAAAGGCCAAGAAAGAGGAGGACGAAGCGAAGCCGGAUUUGGAUAUCAAAGAAAUCGACCCGAGAUAUCUCAGGCUCAAGCCCAUUGAACUGCGCCAACCUCCGGUACCUACACUAGCAUACGGCCUCGAUCGCGUACUGUUUAACCCCGGAGUCUCCUAUCUUCAGGACCCCCGAUCCAAAGUCUACAACCAUGACCCCUAUCUGUCUCAAAUCAUGCCCACCCACGAGUUCGACUUCGGUGCGCUCAAGGAGUACAUCACAUCGUCCAGGGACAAGACACUUAUUGGUGUGGCAGCCAAGAAGAAGAAGAAGUACUCUGGAUCGACUUCGAGUAUGACGGCGACACUUGCACAUUUCCAUUUCCUUCUGUCUUCCUGGCGUCCGAUCAAUACAGCCAUGUUGUCCAAGCAGUUCGACCCGGAGCAAAGCAGCGAGGACUUCAACAGAAUCUUGAGAAGCCCAGCGGCUAUUUUCCUGCACCACAAGGACGGAACAUAUGCUAUUGAUGCUGACAAGGAGUUUGACUCGGGCAAUAUUUUGGCCAUGCUGGGGAAGUCGAUGGAAAAGUUCCUGACCAUGCCCAAGGAGGAGUUUGAGAAGUACCGCAAGUCAAAGUCUGAUCAGCUCACCGACGAGGAGAAGAAUGGCCCAGAAUCUUACCAUUACACAACGAUGGGUGAUUUCAUGAUGCGGUCACAGCUCGACGCUUUCGAUCCGCGACUUCCCGGGACGGGCAUGUUUGAUCUCAAGACCAGAGCCGUUGUCACGAUCCGCAUGGAUCCAGAAGGAUACGAAAAGGGCCAAGGCUACGAGAUUCGCGGCCGGUUUGGGACCUGGGAGUCGUAUGAACGUGAAUACUUUGACAUGAUCCGAUCAGCCUUCUUGAAAUACUCUCUCCAGGUGCGCAUGGGCCGCAUGGACGGUAUUUUUGUGGCCUAUCACAACACUGAGCGCAUCUUUGGCUUCCAGUAUAUCCCUCUUCAGGAAAUGGAUGUCUCUCUUCACGAGGCAGCGGACACCACCAUCGGAGACCAAGAGUUCAAGCUGAGCGUCCAUCUGCUCAACCAGGUCCUCGACAAGGUGACUGCAAAGUUCCCGGGGCAAACGUUGCGUAUUCACUUCGAGACAGUCAAGCACGCGACCACGCCUCCUUACAUGUGUAUUUUUGCUCGCCCGGUUACGCAGGAACGGAUUGAUGAAAUUCAGAAGUCUGCCCAGGAGCGCAUUCAGAAAUUCGAACGGGUUCUCAGGGGUCUGGACCAUGAAGCCGAGGAGCAGGUUGAGGGUCAAGAGGAGGUUGAGGAUCAAGAGAACGACGAGGGCUUGGUUGACGAUACCCGACCGGAGGAAGAUGAAGGGGAAGUGGAAUCAGCUGCUGAGCGGACUGAGGAAGACGACGACACCCGUGAAGAUGUCUGGGAUGAUGUCAUGCUCAAGGUUGAGCACUCGCUUGAGAACGAAGAACACGGUGCCACUUCCAUUCGGGAAUCCAUCCAGGACGCCCUGCAGCAGAGCGGCCUUUUGAAGAACACCACCCAAGAGGAGGCUGAGCAUUAUGUCCAGGCUUUGUUUGAGGUGCUCACAAGCGAGGCCAACAACGAAGCGCCUGAGUCGGAGCUGGCUGAAGAGGGUGAGGAGACCGAACUUGACGUUGUGGAAGAGUCUGAGGCGGCGGAGGAAACAGCCACCGCGGAACCUGCCGUCGUGGAGAACGAAGCCGUGGAGGUCUCGACAGAGGUUGAAUCCGCCGAGGAGGGUCAAGAGAUCGGAAGUCAAACCUCUCCGGAGAAGCUCAAUCUGAAGGAUCUCAUCCUCAGGCUGGCCUCCCGGUUGCAAGAAGAGUCAGGCGAGACACCCUCCCCAACAGAAGAGGGCGAGGUCACAGGCGAAGAAGACGAAGACGCCGCCAAGCUCGCCCAGUUCGAAAACAUCAUGUCUGAAUUGCUCGUCAAGACGCGCAACUUCCGCAGCAUCGACGAAGCCGAGGCUUCAGAAGAAGACCAGGCCGAGGCGACCACCAGAACCGCCGCCACUGACGAGCCGUCCGAAGAGCUAGUCGAGGAGCUUGCCGCCCUCUCCGAAGAGGAGAUAGACCCCCCCAUCGACAGCGAGUUCACCGAGCCCAUCUACGGCCUCAUCCUCACGACCAAGAACAAGAUUGACGGCAAGUACGUUGACCGGCCUACCGUCACGGUCAAGAACACAAAGUGGACGGUCGAGUACACGAUUGAGGAGAUGACGGAUGACCGGGCGAUGAACCUCUACAAGAGGGCCCGUGCUCGCCGGAAGAAGUACCUCAUGGGACCCGAGAACCGCAAGAAGGAGUGGUAUAGGAUGUUUGGCGGGCAACUGCCCAAAAAGACGGGCGCUGGGCGGUUUUAUAGAAAGAUGGAGGAUAGGAUUGCAAAGGAGAGGCCGGUGUUUGUGUAUGGGCAUGAGACGCCGUAUACGUACAAUUCGGUGUUUCCUAAUAUUGCCCAGGGGAACAUGGUGCCGUAUAAGACUUGGUUUCCCACGGAUGAUGAGUUGAAGGAGUGGAGCAAGAGCACAGACAAGAUGGCUUGGUUGGAGAGGUAUAGGGCGGCGCAUUUUGCGAAGGGGAAGAAGGCCACUCCACUGGGAAUCCCUCGGGGCCCCCCUCGCGGGCCCCCGAAGGGAAGGAAGAAGACUUGGAGGUAA